UUCCGUUUUCCUCAUGGUUCCAAAAUCAUCUGUAUAAUUAAUUAUUAUAGCUAAUCUUUAAGCCCUUACCUGGGCACUUUUCAUACAUUAACUAAUGAAGAGGUGUGCUGUUAAUGCUUAUCAACGGGCUCUCAAAACCCAUGGUUUGUUGUGUUUGCUGAUUUCUCAGAUGUAAACACUCCCACCUGGAGGGAUGUCAAACUACCAACCUAAUUGAGAAGACGCAGAAGUGCGUCAUUACACGCUACUUUACUAUAGUAGUUGUUUUGGUUAUUAUUGUCGACUUUACACAACCUAGGGUCAUCUGGGAAGAGGAAACCUCAGUUGAAGAAUUGCCUCCAUCAGACGGGGUGUGUGAGAAACUGUCUUGAUUUUGAAAUUGACUAAAGUCGGGGGGUGGGGGAGCAUCAUCCCUGGGCAGGUGUGCCUGUGUUGUGCAAGAAAGCGGGCUGGGCAUGAGCAGAAGAGAAGAUCCGGAAGUAGUGUUCUUCCACGGUUUUAGCUUCAAGAUCCUGCCUUGAGUUCCUGCUUUGUCUUCCCUCGGUUAAAUAACUUGCUGAAGGUCGCAGAGCGUUUAAGCCACUCCAAAGUGUUUCCUCAGAACACAAUAUAGUGCCUGGAGGACGGUUGGCGUAGAAUAAAUACACACAAGGCACUCUUUAAAAAUAUAAAAGUAAACAUUUUCACAUUAAAAAUAUGCGCACUGGUGAACUUAUUUAAGAUGUGCUCACGAUCUCAGUAAAAAAUUUUCCCUUCUCUUGGGUAGAAGAGGUGCAGUCCAAACCUUUACUACGAGUUUGACACAUCCCGCUUUCCGUCGUCCCGCCGCAAACCUUCCUGGGAGUGGUAGUCUUCAGGCCGCUGGGCUCCCGCAGCAGCAGCGGCAAUCGCCCGGCCGAGGUACUACAGGGUGGCGCGCAGGGUUUGAGGCUCUUCCGCAUUGCCUUUUGCCCUCCCCGCCUGCGCGCCCGCCUCAGUUAUCAUGGCGGCUCCCUUGGUCCUGCUGCUUGUAGUGGCCGUGACCGUGAGGGCGGCCUUGUUUCGCUCCAGCUUGGCCGAGUUCAUUUCCGAGAGGGUUGAGGUGGUGUCCCCACUGAGCUCUUGGAAGAGAGUGGUUGAAGGCCUCGCACUGCUGGAUUUGGGAGUGUCUCCAUAUUCUGGAGCAGUAUUUCAUGAAACUCCAUUGAUAAUAUACCUCUUUCAUUUCCUAAUUGACUAUGCAGAAUUGGUAUUUAUGAUAACAGAUGCCCUCACUGCUAUUGCCCUGUAUUUUGCAAUUCAGGACUUCAAUAAAGUUGUGUUUAAAAAACAGAAACUCCUCCUAGAACUGGACCAGUAUGCCCCAGAUGUGGCCGAACUCAUCCGGACCCCCAUGGAAAUGCGAUACAUCCCUCUGAAAGUGGCCCUGUUCUACCUCCUGAAUCCCUAUACAAUCCUGUCUUGUGUUGCCAAGUCUACCUGCGCCAUCAACAACACCCUCAUUGCUUUCUUCAUUUUGACCACAAUGAAAGGCAGUGUUUUCCUCAGUGCUAUUUUUCUCGCUUUAGCAACAUAUCAGUCUCUGUACCCAGUCACCUUGUUUGCCCCAGGACUUCUCUAUCUCCUCCAGCGGCAAUACAUCCCUGUGACAGUGAAGAGCAAAGCCUUCUGGAUCUUCGCUUGGGAGUAUGCCACGAUGUAUGUAGGAAGCCUAGUGGUAAUAGUUUGCCUCUCCUUCUUCCUUCUCAGCUCCUGGGAUUUCAUCCCUGCAGUCUACGGUUUCAUACUCUCUGUUCCGGAUCUCACCCCAAACAUUGGUCUCUUCUGGUACUUCUUUGCAGAGAUGUUUGAGCACUUCAGCCUCUUCUUUGUCUGCGUGUUUCAGAUCAACGUCUUCUUCUACACCGUCCCGUUGGCCAUCAAAUUAAAGGAGCACCCCAUCUUCUUCAUGUUCAUCCAGAUUGCCAUCAUCUCUAUCUUCAAGUCCUACCCAACUGUGGGAGAUGUGGCCCUCUACAUGGCUUUCUUCCCUGUGUGGAACCAUCUUUACAGAUUCCUACGGAACAUCUUCGUCCUUACCUGCAUCAUCAUCGUCUGCUCUCUUCUCUUCCCUGUCCUGUGGCAUCUCUGGAUUUAUGCAGGAAGUGCCAACUCCAAUUUCUUUUAUGCCAUCACGCUGACCUUCAACGUUGGGCAGAUCCUGCUCAUCUCCGACUACUUCUACGCCUUCCUGCGACGGGAGUAUUACCUCACACAUGGUCUCUAUUUGACUGCCAAGGACGGCACGGAGGCCAUGCUUGUGCUCAAGUAGCCCUGGCCGGCACAGGGCUGCAUGGACAAGAGGGGGAGGGCCAGAAGCCAGGCCAUCCUUCAUCCAGAGUUGCCAGCAGGCAAGUCCUGAGGCAGAAGAGGUUCAAAUCCAGGGUUGCACAUCCCUGGCACCAAAGGGGACUCAUAGCUGGCCACAAGCCCCAUGGGGAGAAGCUAGGAGCACCCCAGUUGGACUCUGCACAGGAAGGAAGGGGGAAGCAGCAGGUGAGCAGGGCUUUAUAGGUUGUGGCUAAACUUAAUAAAUGUGUGGGUUUUUCAGUGGUGUUGUUCUGAUGACAUCUAUUCCUAGAGUGGGGUGAGUUUGGCCCCUAAUACUGUAUGACAUCCUGUACUAAGCAGUAGGUUUCUGGGAACCCACAAACCCUGACUGACACAAGUGUGUGGCCACAGUCACCUAGCAGCCCUCCCUACUCCCAAACAAGCAGCUGGAGGCAAAGGGCCAGGCAGGCCUGAGCAAUCUUUAUUCUGCUGAGGAAAUGAUCACAGAUCCAUACACCAUGUCAGGACAAGGGGAGCCAGCCUUUCAGGGGUGGGCAAGUUCUGGCAGGAGGCAAAAGCCUCAGGUGGAUGAGGGACAGGUGGGCAGACAGGCAAGGGGCUUAAAAAAAAAAAGAAAACCACAGAGCAGGGGUGCUGCUCCCCACUCCCAACC